AUGCAGUUCGCCGUCAUUGCUACCUCGCUCCUCGCCGGUUUGGCCUCUGCUGCCGCCGUUGCUCAACCUGAGCAGAGCCCCAAGGCGGCACCCAUCUUUGCCCGCGAUGCCUACAACUGCCAAGGCUCUGGUCUUUGCGCUACUUCUCCGAACUUGAAGCGGGACUGCGAUAUUGCCGUCAAUGAUAUGCUGGUCCGCAACGACGACAUCAACUACGGUUCUUCGGACUCCGGAAAGAGUGUUGACGGCGCCCAGCGUGGUCACUGCAAGGUGUUCGUGGCCGGUCCGGCUGCAUGCUCGAAAUCCGGCAAUUCUAUCUGGUACGACUAUCAAGAUAUCCGUUCACACGGCUGUAAUAUCUGUGGAACCAAGAACUGGGGCAACAAUAACGAGUGCCGUACCACUAUCAACUACGUUCUUUGAAGCCUUCCCCAGUUGUGUAAACGAACAUCGCGAAACCCAUCCCGGAUCAGACAUUGAAUCAGUUGUGAUGUGAAGAGUUUCGGUGUUUUUCAUGAUACGCUGGUUCACGGAAAUAUAAUGGAUGAUAAAAUUUGUGG